CUUCUUCUGAGUCUUUUAGUUUAAUAUUCCGUAUUAAACUCUUAAUCAUAAGUUAAGCAUAAUCUUUUGUGCAGUGUGCCUUGUUUCUGUGUUCUCCAGAGGAUUCAAAAGCUCAUCUCCCACAUACGAAGAAGGUGAUAGACCCGAUGCUGCUUGCUCGGUUACAUUACAUUCUCUACAACUACAACUAACGUCGGUUUGAUUACAUUAUAUUGGCUUUAAGUGCAACUAAUUUCGGCUCAAGUACAUUCAUUCCCUAUAAGUGCAACUAACUAGGAAUAAUUAAUUUUUAAUACAUUUAUUACUUUGAUGAGUUCCCAACCAACAUGAUAACCAGAGUCAACAAACCAUUAUCUCCAACAAAAGUAAAUUAAGAAAAAGAAAAAGAGAAGAACAAGAAAAAGUAGAAAAGGGAAUGCUCCCCCAAUGUCUUCCUGUUUUCCUCUGCUUUUCUUCAAGGAAUCUUUCGGCUUCUUGAAGAAUUAUAGAAGACAUAAACUCUCUUUGUUUUACUUGCUCUUUAAAAGCUUUCUCGAGCUCUUGUUUUCUUUAAAAAUCUCUCUUAUAUGCUGGUUAAUCUGUAUUAGAACUACAGUCUCCCUCCUUUCCAGAUCAAACACUUCUAAUAUAUGUUAUAUACUUUCAGGUAUUUUCUUAAGCCUUUUUUUUUGUUUUAUAUCAAAUUUUUCGGGUUAAUUAUGGUACCAUAUUCUACUGAAUUUCCUUACAAACACUUCCUGUUUUGUUUGAUUUGUUCAGUUUGUUACUAGUUAUGGUUGGAAUUAUAUAGUGGAGAGUACAAUCGAGUACUGAAAUUUUUGUUUUUAAUUUUAUAGCUAUGGGGUCUUUAAAUAGCCCAGAAAUUUUGGUUCCUUAUAUAAACACUAGAGAUUGCUCACAGGGCUUUUGUAGUUUAAACUGCCCUCAGUGGUGCUAUGUUAACUUCCCACCUCCACCGCCUAUUGAAUUCCCUGAUGAAAAUUCAGUACCGAGCUUUUCACCUCUAGUGAUCGCGAUCAUAGGAAUUCUUGCGAGUGCUUUCCUCCUUGUUAGUUAUUAUGCCAUAAUUUCCAAGUUCUGUGGGAGUAUUGAUUCCACGAGCAGAGAAAUGCAUGACUCCACUGUGGAAUUAGAAGAAAAUCACGACCCUUCAAACCAUGAGCCCUGGCAUUCUUCUAAUGAUGGUUUAGAAGAGGUUCUGAUCAAGUCUAUUACAGUCUGCAAGUACAGAAAAGGUGAUGGCUUGAUUGAAGGAACUGAUUGCUCUGUAUGCCUAAGUGAGUUUGAAGAAAAUGAAAACCUGAGGCUCUUACCAAAAUGUAGCCAUGCUUUUCACGUCAAGUGCAUUGAUACAUGGCUUAGAUCACACUCGAAUUGCCCUCUUUGCCGUGCUAACAUUGUUCAUGUUAGUACUUUCACAGUUCAACCACCUCUACCAGUGUCAGAAAUUCCUAUGGAACAUGAAAUUCAUUUUCCAGACCACAGAGAAUCUGACAUAGUAGAGGAUGAUAUUGGAGAAGAAGAGCUUACUCAAGGCGAUGAAAUCCCUAAAACUCCAACCAGAGCUGAUAGGAAUUUGGGAAAUUCUGCAAAUAGAGAUUUCAUAAUUGAUAUAAGAGAAGGUGAAUACCAACAAGUUAGAAGAUCAGUAUCGAUGAAUAAUUUAUGUCAAACCCGAGUUUCAAUAGCCGAUGUCAUAUGCCUUGAUCAUGAUGAAGAGGCUAAUGAGUUCAUGUACGAGGAUGCUGGAUCGUCAAAAAAGCCGGUAGCUGAAUUGAGCAAAUCUAGCCAUAAAAACAGAGGUCUGCACUGUGCUACAGAUCCUGCUGCAAUAAAAAGAUCAUUUUCCAGUGGAAGAUUCUUUUUUCCUAAAUGUAGUAGAGAGCAAUUUAUAGUAAGUCCAUUAUGAUGUUAGCUAUUUAUAUUUCGAAAUAUUGAUUUUUGGUGGUACUGAGAGUUUAAAGAGUUCAUGAAACAUUCAAAGAAUUAUGAAUUAUGAGUGUAUUGCAUGGAUAUGUUAUAUAUAGUGUCUGCAUUUUCUUUUUGACAA